AUGGUUCCACCACCACCAAUACCAUCAUUUUAUAAUCCUCCAACUCCACCUUUGGGAUUCAAUCCCUCAGCGACGACCACUCCCAUCCCAUUCCCAGUACUGAAUGGACAGCCAAAUCCAAAUCCCGUUUUUAAUAAUUAUGCUGCUAUUCGGACGCACGAAUCACUGCAUAGCAUUCACACAGAUCCUUUUCAUCCUCCAUCUCAUCCUCCAUCUUUACCACAAACUCCAACGGCGGAACCAUUCGAUCUUCCAAAAAAUAAUAACUCUACAACAGAAGGGACUGGACAUCAACCUUAUUAUGUUUCUCCUGUGUCACCAGUUCAUUUUAUGCCAAACCCAUAUAAUCCUGAAUUAUAUUACGCACAAUCAUAUGUUCUCGCUCAGCAACGUUCAAAUAGUUUAACUAUUCAACAUUUAAACAGCUCUCCACCUUCAACUCCAUAUCAAAAACCUGAACAAGUCCGCUAUGUAGAGAAUUCUACAGGAAAUGAGAACAAACCUCAGGUGACCGAUAUGCAGCCAUGGCCAGAACGACAAAUCGAAAGAAAGUCAUCAAAAUCUUCAAAUCUACAUUCGCGUGAUGAACAUCAAAAUGAUAGAAGUUGUAGUCUAAUGUGUCAACAACCACUAUGUUACCAAGGAAAACCAACCCAGAAAUUUUGGCUCUGUGUUGUCUUCAUUCUAUUGAUACUUGGCAUUGCAAUUGCAAUUGUAUCUGGUGUCGUUUUUCGUUAA